UCUUGCAACUUCAGCGGUGCACUCUGUAAAGCGUACGCAUUCGUUUCGACCUUGUGGCCGUACCACCGCCAUGAGGUUUUGCUGAGACGGGCUCCUUCCUGGCCAAGUCGUCGCGCAUCUCCUGCGGACUCGUGCGAUCUCGUGCGAUCUCGUCUCCGCAAUGCCAUUCCGCCUGUGAGCGCCUUCGGCGAGUCUUCCAUCGUCUUUCUCACAUCCGCUCCGCCUUUCCGCCGUACCCUCCGCCGUCACCCUUCCGCCUGCACGUUUCCGCCUGCGCCCUUCCGCCUUCACCCUUCCGCUCGGGACUUUCCGCCUGCGCCUUCUUUCGUCGCGCGUUUUAUUUCGAAUCAACUCAUCGCUCGUUCAAUCACAUCACGCCAUGUGGCAGCGUCGCUCCGCCGCGAUCAUCAGCACACGUGUCUGCUCGCUGUCGCGCCUCUCCCUGCCACGUCCCCCUCUCUCCCACCCUGCCACGUCAGCCAAUGCCACGUCAUUCCCAUCCGUACCCUCCGACGCAACCUCUCUGCUAGCGACGCAGUCAAGCCAAUAUCAUGCUGCCACGUGUGCAGACGCUUCGACAAGCGCCAGCUCAGCAUGCGGCCCCACUGCGUUCAGUGCCGCCCAAAGCAAGCCAGGCGGGUCAACGCCAGUCAACGCGAGUCAAGUCAGCAGUAGCCUGUCUGCACUGUCACUGACACGUGGAUUCAGCGCGCUUGUGCCACGUCAUCAUGCGAUACAGCAAAGCAUCAAUAGCAGCAGCCCGCACAUGCGAGCAACCAAUAGCAUGCUUCGCGGAAUCUCUCCCAAAAUGUCUCCUGCCCUCACUGCAGCACUCCAGCCAUCCCCCUCCUCCUCCCUCUCUUCCCCAGCCAAUUCACUGCGUUCCCUCCACACCUCCUCCGCCACGUCAGCACCCUCAGCAACGCCACCUGCAGCGAACCCAGCCCCCACUCCAGCAGCAACAGCAGCCACCACCUCCGCCACGUCACCAUCCCCAUCCGCCACGUCAGCAGCAGCAGCAGCGGCGGCGGGCGAGCACGUGCUAGUGGCGGGGGGAGCAGCAGCGGAGAGGGCGGUGGGGGGGUGGCUGCUGGGGUGCGCGGCGUGGGUGUGGGCGCUGGUGGUGCUGGGGGGGAUCACCCGCCUCACGCGCUCGGGGCUGUCGAUGACCGACUGGAAGUUCCAAGGCGAGCAGGCGCCCAGGAGUGAGGAGGAGUGGCAAGAGGAAUUUGACAAGUACAAGCAGUCUCCUGAGUUCAGACGAGUGAAUAGCAAGAUGGAUGUGGACGAGUUCAAGUUCAUCUACUGGAUGGAGUACGGCCACCGCAUGUGGGGGCGGGCCCUCGGCCUCCUCUUCCUCUUCCCCGCCGCUUACUUCGCCGCCCGUGGCUACAUCAAGACAAAGCUCGCCACCCGCUGCGCCGUGCUGUUCGGCCUGGGAGGGGCGCAGGGGCUGAUUGGCUGGUGGAUGGUGAAGUCGGGGCUGGAGGAGCCAGCUAACCCCCAUGCCGUGCCUCGAGUCAGCCCCUACCGCCUGGCUGCUCACCUGACGUCCGCUUUCGUCAUUUUCUCAGGCAUAUUUUGGACGGCGUUGAACGUGCUGUACCCCAACCCAUCAGCCUUAGCACCUGCUCAACUGCUAGCGGCAGCUAAGCUGCGGCCCUUGGUGCACCCAGUGGCCAUGCUGCUAGGAGUCACUGCCUUCUCAGGGGCGUUUGUAGCCGGCAACGAUGCUGGCCGCGCGUUCAACACCUUCCCCCUGAUGGGCGACCACUGGGUGCCGCCUGAGAUCCUCGAGAUGACUCCGCUGCACCGCAACUUCUUUGAGAACACCGCCAUGGUCCAGUUCCAGCACAGAGUACUCGCUAUAAGCACGCUUGCUGCAGUGACAGGCAUGUGGUACUCAGCUCGCAAGCUGCCCCUCCACCCGCGCUCUGCCCUGCUGCUCAACACGGCCCUCGGCAUCACAGCACUGCAGGUGACCCUGGGCAUAUCAGCGCUGCUCACGUACGUGCCUGUCUCCCUGGGCUCAGCCCACCAGGCGGGGGCGCUCACCCUCUUCGCAGCCAUGCUCGCACUCCUGCACUCCCUGAGGCGCCCAAACCCCAGCGCCGCUGCUGCCUCUGCUACAGCCGUGCGCGCUGCUGCAGCUGCUGCUAAAUCUGGCUGAUUUCUGCAAUCCAGAUUCUUGUAAUACGGCACCAAGCGGGGGCGCUCACCCUCUCUGCUGCUAUGCUAGAGCUCAUGCAUUGCUGGAGGCGUCCAAACCCUACUGCUGCUGCCGCCUCGGCCACUUCAGCCGUGCGCGCUGCUGCAGCUCCAGCUGCUGCUAAAUCCGGUUGAGUCUGGUUGGCUUUUGCAGUGUACGCCUGAUUCUUAGGUGGAGCCAUCAUGCAGGGUGCGCUCACUCGCUUUGAUGCUGUCCUCACACUCAUGCUCUGGGUGAGGCGUCCGAAGCCUGAAGCUGCUGCUGCUGCUGCUGCUGCUGCUGCCUCUGCCACUUAGGUGGGGCACACUGCUGCAGCUGCUGGGUGACUUCAGUCCGAAGGCAUCACAAUUAAAAACCUAUUGGCGGCGCUUUAUGUGGCGUUCCCAUUUUGAUGAGCGCGCUCUUUGCGCUGGCAUGCUCUAGGUGCAACCUUUUCUCUAAAGGGGAUAUUUUUGUCUUAAACAUAUUUGCCAAAUAAUUUGACGUUUGUACG